CAAAAGACACUAACUCAUGAGCUGCGGUUUGUGAAGAAUCCACUGUGGUCUACCAAAGGAACGUAAGAUGUCGCUCGAGACCACACAUUAAAUUGUGUUCAUUAAUGGACAAAAACUCCUCCUCCGAUGUUGGUGAAAUGAGAAAGCCUGUGCGUUUCGUAGGGGCUGCGUCAGCCAACACUUCGCCUUUAAAGAUGGCCCAUAAAUGAAGAGCGCUUGGCUGUCUUGUGGAUAUUUUUUUCCGUUUUUGUGGAUGAAUGACGUUUGGUUGACUGCAUUUCUAAUCCAUACACAAGGAUGAUUCGUCAACAGCAUAGAGAAGCCGAAUGGGUGGUGUGCGCCAUUCUUCUUUGUUUAUCUGACUGGUCUGCAGCUCAGAUAUCCUACUCUGUUUCCGAGGAGGUGGACAAAGGCACGGUGGUGGGAAACCUCGCAAAGGAUUUAAACAUUCAUACACAGCAGCUGGAGGAACGGGGAUUUCAUAUUGUAUCGGGAUAUAGUAAGAAAUAUUUCGAAGUUAAUUUGAGAACAGGAGCUUUGGUUGUUAACGACAGGAUAGAUCGUGAAGAGCUUUGCCCGAACCUACCUAAGUGUACCUUAAAUAUAGAGGGACUGUUGAGCAAUCCUAUGAAUAUGUAUCGCAUUGAGGUCAGUAUAGUGGACAUCAACGAUAAUGCCCCAUUAUUCCUCGAGCAAACCCAUGUGUUUAAUAUCUCCGAGUCUUCUUCGACGGGAGAGAGGUAUCCGCUCCCAAUAGCUCGGGAUGCAGACACUGGCAGUAAUUCAGUGAAAACCUACAAGUUAAGUCCGAACGAGCAUUUCUCUAUAGAUGUGAGUAGUGGAGGAGAGAGUGCGUCCGCUGAGUUAGUGCUGCAGAAGGCUUUAGACCGAGAGAAACAGCCCACUAUUAAAGUAACAUUAACCGCUGUAGACGGAGGGAAACCUGCGAGGUCUGGCACUAUGCACAUUUUUGUGAAUGUGAUAGAUGUUAAUGAUAAUACGCCUUCGUUUAGCAAGCCGCUUUAUAAAAUAAAAGUCAGCGAAAAUGCCCCCAUAGGUACAACAAUAUUGAAAUUAAAUGCAACUGAUUUAGACGAAGGUCCACAUUCAGACAUCAGAUAUUCUUUAAUGAGAAGAGGAAAUGUGGACUCUCCCGAAAAAUUCAUGGUUAGUCCUGAAAGCGGUGAAAUCACUGUGAAAGUUAAACUGGAUUACGAAGAAAACAAUGCUUAUGAAUUACGAGUACAAGCAACAGACCAAGGUGCUUCCCCUCGCAGUGGUUAUUCUAAAGUGCUGGUGGAGGUUGUCGAUGUCAAUGACAAUGCACCAGAAAUCUCUAUAACUUCACUAAUGAGUCCAGUAAAGGAAAGUGCUGAAAUUGGAACAGUUGUUGCAUUGGUGACUGUGACUGAUAAAGAUGGAGGGCAAAAUGGCCUUACCACUUGUCAAAUUAAAGACUCAGUCCCUUUUACAUUAACGUCAAAUUACAAAAACUAUUACUCUCUGAUAGUUGACGGUCUACUUGACAGAGAGACUGUGUCUCAGUACAAUGUAACCAUCACUGCCACCGACAAAGGUAGUCCACCUCUUUCUAGCACGGCUGUAAUUCCUGUGCAAGUUUCUGAUAUUAAUGACAACGCGCCUCGUUUCCCAGAAGGCAGUAUACAUAUUUAUGUGAAGGAGAAUAGUAAAGUGGGGGAGAUUAUUACAACAACAACUGCACAGGAUGCAGAUUCAAAUGAAAAUGCUAAAUUGACUUAUUCAUUAAUGGAAACUCAUCCGAAAAGUUUUCCAAUUUCAUCAGUUGUAAACAUCAACUCGCAAACUGGAGAUAUAGUCAGCCUAUGCUGA